AUGAAGCAAGGUCUUCCUGGGCCUUUCCUUGAUGGAGAAUGUGGCCACUUUCCCCCUCAAAUGUCGACCCCUUCCUCUGAAGAUGGAGUGUCCCUCUCCCUCCUUCCUGGGCUGACCUGCGCGGAGGAAGCGAGGGCGAGUCGGGUAAGCGCCGCUGGCUCCCCCUGCAGUUCCUGUCCGGCCCUCGCUCAGAAGGCGCCUCCUCGGCCUGACUCCCUCCUGGAGAGAAGCCCCGGGGCAGCGCCGAGGGAAUGGCCGGCCUGCGCGGGCGCCUCUUCCUCCUCCUGCUCGUCCCCUGCCUCUGUGGGAGGGCCGGGGCGCGGGCGGCGACCCCCUGCCUGGCCCCGCUGCAGUGGGAGGGCCGCACCGUGGCCUACGACCACGUCACGGGCAGGAACACGCGGGCCUCCGUCGCUUACGACAGCCCCAACCAGCGGCUCCGGGUCCUGGAGGAGAAGAAGGGCCUCAUCCCUUGCAAGAAGUUCUUCGAAUACAUCUACCUCUAUAAAGAUGCAGUGAUGUUUCAGAUAGAACAAGUGACAAAGCUGUGUUCUAAGGUACCUUUGAGUGACCCAUGGGAUCCUUUUGAUAUUCCUGACAAUUCAACCUAUGAAGAUCAAUACUACAUUGGAGGUCCUGGUGACCAAAUUAUGGUACAGGAGUGGUCUGACAGAAAGCUAGCUAGAAAAUUUGAGACCUGGGUUGGUGUUUACACAGUCAAGGAUUGCUACCCAGUUCAGGAGACCUACACAAAGAACUACAGUGUGACAACCUCCACACGCUUCUUUGAUCUAAAGCUUGGGAUAAGCGACCCAUCUGUGUUCAUCCCACCAAGCACCUGCCAUACAGCUCAGCCAGAAAAGAUGAGAGAUGCAUGCUGAUAGUGAACCUUGGAUUCUGUAUGAAAACAACAAAAUUUAUUAUGUAGAUUACCAUUAAUAAUCAGCUGCUGAUGUCUAACCUUGCAAAAUUGUGGUUGUACCUUUCAAAAUUAUGGUUUUAUAGAGUGCAGACAUCUCGAAGCAAAGAGGGGUCUCAUUUUAACAUUGACCCUGUAUUCUGCAGUUACUAGAGAAGCUUAUUUUUGCCAUUAUGGUCUUUGGAAUGAUCUUAUCAUUUAUAUUUUCUAAGAGGCAAAUUAUGCUCCUGAAAUCAUAUUAAAAUAUUGUAUGUAUGUAUUAAUUCUCAAGAGAGAGAGAAAAACUAUAUUACAUGCAAGAGAUAGAGGCUGGAAUCAUGUGAGUGACAUACGGUGGUAUUGCCUCAUUUUCAGUAACAUUGAAAAGUCUGUACUUCCUUGUGCAGUGCUCCUCAUGGAACAUUUCUGCACUAAAACACCUCUUACUGCCAAUAAGUGGCCAAGAAAGGUCAGGGGUACUCUGCGGCAUCUGACUGCAAACCCACAUCUGUGAGAAAAUAAAAUAAAUUUGUUUCCUGGGUCUCCAGUGAGUCAUUGAAGGAUCCAGCAGGAAAACCCAGUGACUUACUGGAGAUCUGUCUGUUCUUCCAGCUAAAGAACUUCAGCCAAAUGCUGCCCAGGUGCCCUGCUCCCCCCUGACCUCUUAAUUCCCCACAGGGUAAACUCUAGCAUUGAGAAAGCCCAUUGCACUGAGAUGGAUGAGUACAUCCAAUGGAAAUACACUAACAGAACGUGAUGCUCUGCCAGCAUCACCUAGGAUCUGAGGCUGUUACUAUAAUGUGGCACCUACCAUUGAUGGCAUAAUAACUAUAUGGAACUUUCUUAUGAUUUAAUUUUCUUUUCUUAUAAAAA